AAUGGAUGAUGAUCCCUUUCAUCCAUUUAUAAUUGAAGCAAACGACCCUGUGUACUGACAAUUUUCUACAACAUUUUGAUGUACCGCAUAGUAUUAUCCGGUUUUAUCUUAACAAUAGGCCUACGAGCGUGUCUAUAGGCUGCGCCAGUAUGUUAAAUGCAAGCUAUUCAGUUAUUUCCAUAUAGAUACAUUGCAAACUGUAUGUGUUAAUGUGUAAGAUGGCGGGUUGCUGUGCCGUGCUGGGGUCUCAGAAUUUCUCAGUGGCACUUCUAAUUUUCUUAACGACUUUCGUUGGGAUUGGUAGCCGGAAAGCCCUUCUGAUUUACUUCCAAGGAAUUAAUGGACAAACGGCGGUUUCUUCAAAUGAUUUGCAACUUGCGACAAUCCUCUUCAAUGUAUUUGCAUAUUUACCAGCUCCUCUAGUGGCAGUUCUAUAUCAACAACGCCCUCUACGUCGCGUCAUGCUGAUAUGUGGUUCUUGUCUGAUUCCGUUCAGUAUUAUGAUGACGUCAUUUGUAUCUAAACUAGGCCCUCUUCGAAUAUUGAUGUCAAUAUGCGGUCUAGGAAACUGCAUCCUCUUGACAACUGCCUCAAUCACACUCAGUAAUCUCGCCAGCCAACACUUUAAUCUCAUCUACAGCAUCUCGACUUGUGGAAUAGGGAUGGGGAUCGUGAGCCUGUCGGCCUUGACUGUAUACCUCGGGGAGUGUUACGGCUGGAGGGGCGGUACUCUGGUCCUUGGUGCACUUGUGGGUAACAUCAUACCCUGUGCUGCUGCCGUGAGAUUCUCGGCAACUUCCGGUUGGAGGAGAGUGGACAAUUGCAGACCCGGACAAGGAGAUGUCGUGGGGGAAGGUGAAAGUAUUCCUGGUACUUCUUGUAUUCGCGGUGUAGUAAUGGGUGAGGAAGAAGAGUCCGAUUCAGACAGCAGUGUGAGUGACACCUCGCGGAGAGAAUCGCAUCCUUUAAUUGAUGGGGCGCCCUCAUGUGGUGUAGAGGGUGGUAGAAAAUCUACGACACUGAAAGGAACCACUGAGCAACUGGACAGGGAUUGUGAGUUACCAAACGGUAUCCUUCGCAGGAUAGUGUCAGGUAUUCAGGAGUCUGAUUUUUACACCGAUCCAGCGUUCAAUUUCUUCUUUAUAGCAAUGUUUCUUGUGUCCCUUGGGUACUGCGGCUGGCAUUCCUUAAUCGUUCCCAACGCUUUAGAAAGGGGAUUCAACGUACAAGAAAACCUUAUUCUUCUAUCGCUCUCUGCAGCGGUCGGUGGCAUCAGCGGAAGGGUUGUCGUCGGUCUCCUUUGCGACAAUCGAUUCAGUCCUGUCACCGUUUACCUCGUAUGCACUGUUCUUGAUAUAGCCUCCCUACUGUGUGACGUCUUUUUAUCUACUCUCUAUUUGAUUAUUGUGACGACAUGCAUUCGAGCAGGAACAAUUGGAGGAAGGGCAAUAUUGGGAACUCUAGCAGCUCGCGAGAGGGCGUCUCUCGGCAAGAAGGAUGUUGUUUUCGCCACUGGACCGUUUUGCAUGGGUAUAGGAACGUUGCUUGGAGACCUCUAUUCAGAUAAAAUACCUCAUAUAACAUCCUCCUAUGACGUCACGUGGUGGUUAGUGGCUGGUAUCUUCCUGGAGAUAGUCAUCUUCAUUACUGUAUUGGUACCCUUGAUUGUACAGAAGAGAUGACUUCGUUCUCGUCCUCAGAAUGGAAAGUUUUCUCACAUUGGAGUGAGAAGAAAUCCGAAACUGUUACCAAGAAAAUGUGUUGUCAAAUGAGUAUCACUUCGUAUGUAGUUCGCUGUGUGAACGCAAUUGUAAAUACACUGCAUACACGGCGUUAUUUCCAGUAGGAAAUGUUUGCUCCUAAACUAUUAUUCAUAGCAGUGUUUUAUCAAUUUUCAAUAAAUAUUAAAUUGUUGUGUGCUAUUAAUACUACCGUGUGAGUCAAAAAAGGUAGAAGAAAAAUCAAUAACUUGACACCUCACAAAGUCUCAAUUCAAUAUGAAAACAUAUUAUGAACACGCAACCAUUAUAAUGUACAGUGCCUCACAGAAAAAAAA